CAAACCAAAUAACACUGCGCUGUCACCUCACACCCACAACCAGCUGCGUGUCGUUUCACACAACGCGAUGGUGGUUUCCUCCGAAGUCAAGCUGGUAUCCGCAGCGGCGGGCCUGUAUUCGUCAUUCCUGUAUUGGGGGUACCUCCAGGAGAAGAUAACGGGAGUCGACUACGUGUCUCCACAGGAUGAAAAUGUGACCGGUCGAUGGCACUUCAGCUUCGUCCUGAACGCGUGCAUGGCGAUGGCGGGCAUCCUUGCGGCUUCUCUCCUACUCCUCAUCACCGGAGAGACCAAGGGCAACCCGCACGUCAAGAACUUCUGGCGCCCCGCUCUCACCUGCACGCUCGCAAGUCCCUUCGGAUAUUGGUCUCUCUCGUACAUCAGCUACCCGCUGCUUCUCCUCGCCAAGAGCUGCAAGCUGGUGCCAGUGAUGCUGGUGGGAGUGGUGUUGCUCGGACGGAGGCACACGCGCGCUGAAUACCUCGCCGUCGGGCUUAUCACGGCUGGGGUAGCUUUGUUCUCGCUAAAGCCGGGGGCGUUUAAGGAGGACGCUUUGGGCGAGGAGGGGGCAGGGGAUGAAGCCGGCGGGCAAAAAAAUGCCAUCGGGCUUGCGCUGGUCACGGUCAACCUUUUGCUCGACGGGGUCACGAAUGCCGAGCAAGACCGGAUCAACGCGCGCUUCAAGGCGCCCGGGUCCUACAUGAUGCUCGCCAUCAACUUCUGGAUUCUCAUGUUCCAUGCCUUGUACCUGGGCUCAUGCUGGGUCGUUUUCGGCCCUGAGAGCGAGCUCGCCAAGGCGCUCUACUUCAUGGCUACUUUUCCGGAGGUGAUCAAGAACGUUGCGGCGUUCUGCCUGUGCGCGGGAACGGGCCAGCUGUUCGUGUUCUUCAUCAUCAAGGAGUUCGGAUCGUUGGUGAACGUGACCGUCACAGUCUCCCGAAAGUUCUUCAGCAUCUUGAUUUCGGUGGUUGUUUUCGGGCACAGCGUGAUGUGGUGGCAAUGGGUAGGCAUUUUGAGUGUGUUCGGCGGGUUGACGUUGAGCGUCCGGGCGAAGUACGCCGCGAAGAAGGGGAGCGUGGAAACGCGGACGGACACGAAGGGAGCGGGGGCACCUUGGGCAAUGGCGGCGGUGAACGGGUCGGGAGCGGCUUCGUCCGGUGUUGAUGGAGGCGACAGCCAGAAGAAGGAGCUGUGAACGAAAGUAUUGUAGCGCGCCCCGCGGGUUUUGUGUUUUGCAGCGGCCAGUAUCUGCUGCCUGCCAAUGAAGGUAACCGCCUGUUGCCGCACUUCUUGGAUAGAUGCCUUUCGCGUCGCCCCACACGCACUAUGCUUGUAGCCCCCGUUAUUAGUUGUGUAGAGUUUCUUGCUAUAAAUAGGGAAUUGUUGCUAGCGUUCAAACCUUUCGUUUCUGAGAGAAUUAAGGGUGUGGCCUGGACAAAGAAUCUACAGUUUCUGUCUCGUAAAAAAAAAAAAUCGUUGUCAGGACCUUCACUUUUACGACGGGGUCGACGUUCUGGUCCUUUUGCCGGGCUGGUGUUCCUUAUUUGUCUUCGGUGUGUAUUUAGUGACUCACGUGAUAUGGAUUGAUUUUUUGUUUUUCGUGUUUUUCGAUAAAUACACAUAUCGUCAAGUUUAGUUGUCAUGUUGUCGUUUUCGAUGCUUUUGCAGCUCUUCCUAUAAUGGCAUGUGGUUGAGAUGGAGGAGUCGCUCUCCACCGGUACAUAAAGAAUGUAGAGGGUCCGAGCGCAAGCUGUUUCAGAGCGAAGCGAAUAUAGGGCGGCACACCCGUUUGUUGAGAUGCCGGGAGAAGCUACCGACGAAGUCAAUACCAUCACUUAUUAUGCAGUUUUGUUUGUUGUUGAAUCUAUCAACAUGGAGGGGGGGGGGUGUACUCGCAAGUCAAGUGAAUCAGGUUUUCGCGCGUUUUCGCGCAACACGCACUUUCGUCGGUUGAAGCUGAGUUAAAUUUUAGAAUCUUUCCCACAUACAACGCUACGUUUAUCGUCGGAAGGUUGCCUUUCCUCCGAACUGGAGUCCCGGAACCUAGCCAACUCGGAACGGGUGUCGAGGCUAAGACAACCGAACCCCCUCCCCGGCUCCCCUGUCGUCGAAUUAGACCCGACUGGGUUU